GUGUUGGUCCAUGGUGGGGGACCUGCAGACUGGACAGAACCUCUCCAUUGGGGCAGGGUGUGACUACAGAGCAAUUGUGGAACAUGAGAUCCUGCAUGCUCUGGGAUUCUACCAUGAGCAGUCAAGGAUGGACCGGGAUGACUAUGUGACCAUCUGGUGGGAUGAGAUUAUUACAGGCAAAGAACAUAACUUUCUGAAGUACGACGAUAGCUACAUCACUGACCUGAACACUCCCUAUGACUAUGAAUCAGUGAUGCACUAUCAGCCAUUUUCAUUUAACAAAAAUGAAAGCAUCCCCACAAUCACAGCGAAGAUACCAGAAUUUGAUAACAUCAUUGGACAACGCCUAGACCUCAGCGCCAUUGACCUGGAAAGACUGAAUCGCAUGUAUAACUGCAUUUCAACUCACACUUUUUUGGACCGGUGUUCUUUUGAGCUUGAAAAUAUCUGUGGCAUGAUCCAGGGCACCAGGGAUGAUCUAGACUGGGUCCAUCAACAGGGCAGUGCUACAGGGCAGGAAGACCACACGCUGUCUGGGCGCUGUAGAGAUGCUGGCUAUUUCAUGUACUUCAACACCAGCUCUGGCAAAGCAGAUGAGGUGGCAGUCCUAGAGUCUCGAAUCCUUUAUCCGAAGAGAACUCAGCAGUGCCUCCAGUUCUUCUACAAGAUCACAGGGAGUCUUUCAGACAAGCUGAUCAUCUGGCUUAAAGAGGAUGAUGGCACUGGAAAUGUUCGCAAGAUGAGGAAAAUCCAAACAUUUCAAGCGGACACUGACUAUAACUGGAAAAUUGCCCAUGUAACCCUCAGUGCUCAGAAGAAGUUCCGCUACCUCUUCCAAGGACUAAAGGGCAAUCCCAGCUCUUCAUCUGGUGGGAUUGCUAUCGAUGACGUUACACUGACAGAGACCCCCUGUCCCACAGCUGUGUGGGUCAUUCGGAAUUUCAGCCAAAUCCUUGAAAACACAUCAAGUGAUGUCAUUCAAAGUCCCCGGUUUUAUAGCCCUGAGGGUUACGGUUUUGGCGUAAGUUUGUAUCCCCACUCCAGAAUCAGUGGCUACACUCGCAUUGCCUUUCACUUGUGUAGUGGAGAGAACGAUGCUGUCCUGGAGUGGCCAGCUCUGAACCGCCAAGCUAUACUCACAGUGCUCGACCAGGACCCUGAUGUCUUGAAAAGGAUGUCCUCAAGCAAAAGCUUCACCACAAGCAAAGACCACAUCAGCUCUGAAUCUAACACAACCUUAAUAUGGGAGAAACCGUCAAUUGCUGGGAAAUUUGAUGCCUCGUGCAAUUGCUACAGAACUGUAGAUUGGGGGUGGACUAACUUCAUAUCCCACAGCCAGAUGAGACGGAGAAGCUUCCUGAAAAAUGAUGACCUGAUUAUUUUUGCAGAAUUUCACGAUCUAAGUCACCUCAGUAACACCGAAGUCCCUGUUGAACCUCAACAACCUGCCUUCAUGGAAGGCCUCAUUCUUGAAAGGCAGAAGAGAGCAGCCCAGGAUAUGGAGCCUGUUCAAGACUGGCUGCCUUAUCUGCAAGACCCGUGUGACCCAAACCCUUGCCAGAAUGAUGGAGUCUGUGUGAAUGUGAAAGGGAAAGCAAGCUGCAGGUGCCCAUCAGGACAAGCCUUCUUCUUUACUGGUGAGAGGUGUCAGUCAAUGCAGGUCCAUGGGAACAUCCUGGGAAUGACAAUUGGUGGAAUUGCUGGAACCAUUGUCUUAACCAUUGUCCUCAUUUCCAUGAUGGCUAGAAGAUGAAGAGCUGCAGGGCAAUAAAUCUCGGCCUGGU